GAUAACACCUGUAAUCUUGGUUUUUAGCUUGAUGUCUCUCAUUUGGCUGACGCUGCUGAUCUCAGCCCAUCUGGCUGAAUGUGUGCCAGAGAAGCCAAAGAGGUCAGCUCUGAACCAGCUGACCAGGACCCUGCUGAAGAACUACGACUGCGGCGUUCGACCUGUUCACAAUUGGACCACUCCUACUACUGUCUACAUAGACCUGACACUACGGUCUGUCCUUGAUGUGGAUGGAAAGACUCAGAGCAUCACUACAAGUAUUUGGUACAGACAGGUCUGGACAGAUGAGUUCCUGGUUUGGGAUCCAGACGAGUUUGAGGGUAUCAAAGCGAUCUCACUGUCAUCUGAAGCUAUCUGGAUACCUGAUGUUAUCAUUAGUGAAUUUGUGGACGAAGGGAAGUCCCCUCCGAUCCCCUACGUUUACGUCAACUCUUCUGGCUCAGUAAAGAACAAACGGCCCAUACAGGCAGUGCUAGCUUGCACUCUCGAGAUGUAUGCCUUCCCAUUUGACAAGCAGAAUUGCAGCCUCACCUUCCGAAGUUUGUUGCACUCAGUGCAAGAAAUAAACUUGGCCCUGUUGAGGAAUGAAAACACCACUGCUAAUGAUAGAAAGCAGUUCAUGAAUGAUGGAGAAUGGGAACUGCUGUCCAUUCCUUCACGCUACCGUCUGAGUCAACAAAACGAAACUGAAUAUGCCUACAUCCAGUUUAACGUGUUGAUUCGCCGGCGCCCCCUGCUGUACGUGGUAGGACUCCUCAUCCCGAGCAUCUUCCUCAUGUUGGUAGAUGUGAUGAGCUUCUACCUGCCUCUGAACAGCGGUACACGCAUCACCUUUAAGAUCAGCAUACUGCUCGGCUACACCGUCUUCAGAGUCAACAUGACAGAUGAACUGCCUGUUACUGCUGUCAGAACUUCACUCAUUGGGGUAUUCUUUGUGGUGUGCAUGGCCCUGCUGAUGCUCAGUCUGAUCAAGUCUAUACUGGUUGUGAAGCUGCUUCACUACAGUGAGAAGGAGGUCAAGGAAAUGUCAGUGUCUGCCUGCCUGUUGGACAAGUACGGCUCAGCUGGUCAUGUCUUUACUGAGAGUGCUUUAACUUCCAUCAAAACCCUCGACCACAUAAACCCAUCUGGAGACUACGAGCUUGAAAACUCACUAGAUGAGGAUCUGCUGUCCCUGAAUGAGAUCCAGGAUACUCCCACUGGGCUGGAGUGGCUCCUCCGAGAGCUGGUUUCCCUCCGUCUAGCUUUUUCCCAGGAGGACAGCGAGUCUUCAGCUCAGAGCGAAUGGCUGGCCCUCUGCUCUAAGCUCGACUGCUUCCUGUUUCGCCUUUAUCUGCUGGUUCUGGGCUUGUAUGCUGGAACGCUGCUGCUGCUCUGGGUCAACUGGAGCUUUGCUUGACUUAACUGCACAUUUAAAAACAGUUCUUGCCUAUGUCCACUGUACUUGCAGAGAUAAAUACUGCACUGUUGCUGUGUAUAGAACAAACCUGAUUUAAAUAAAAAUAUAGGCUACUUCAAGAAGUGCUCAUAUAUAUACAGU